AUGAAUUCAUUCGGAGCUGGAUCAGUUAUCGUACUCGCUGUAGUAAUAGGAAUUUAUUACCAACAGUACUUCAGGGAUGAAACUCGAAUCGUCCGACAUGCAUGGUUAACAUUGCUGACUAAUGACAAGUAUGUGCCAGGAUUGCUAGCUUUAACUCGUUCAUUAAAACGGGCUAACACCUCGUAUCCGUUAGUAGCAAUGAUCACUUUAGAUAGCGCAUCACAAGAAUCACAGCAAUCAAUUUUGAAUGAAGGAUGUCUGCUACGUCCAAUAGAAGGUUUAUUUCCUGAAUACGAUAAAACAAAUUUAGCAUUUGAACUUUUCAUUCAUUCAUGGACAAAACUACGAGCUUUCCAAAUGAUCGACAUUUGUGAUAAAUGUGUCUUUAUGGAUGCUGACAUGAUUGUUUUACACAAUACUGAUGAAUUACUUGAACUUGAAGACAACCCAAACUUUGCAGCUGCUCAGAGAUGUAUCUGUAAUCCAGAUAAUACUCCAUCACGUUUACCCUACGUGUAUAAUUCGUUAAAAACAUUUUCAAAAACUCAUCCAUACUUAUGGGAUGAAACAAGGAUUAAAGUGAUUCACUAUAUUCUAGCAAAACCCUGGAAUAAAGCAGAUCCAGGUAAUGCUGACUAUGAUAAAAUCAAUCGAUUGUGGCAGCAAGCCUAUACGUGGAGGAUGGAAACAAGAGCCUAA